GUACUAGUUAUAGACAUGAAACCGAGCGACCUGUUCAGGUCCCGGAGACCGCUGAUGCGCGCGCCGGGCGGCCGGCAGCGCUGCGCCGCGCGCACGAACCAGGAGCACGACAACAUCACCACGCUCGUCGAGACCGUCGACAUCAUGACUACUCCCCACGCGUCGGCGGCCAACUCGGUCCGCAGCGCCGCGCCCCCGCCCUGCGUCUCCCCGCGCUCCCCGCACUCCCCGCGCCGCCCGAGGUCAUCGCGCGUCUCGAAAUCACCACGAGGCAUCCGCAAGAGCAAAGAAUCCUCACCCAGAUCGCCAAAAUUAAGCCCAAAACGAAAGAAAGAGAUUCUAGAGAACGAUCUAAAACUAGCUCUAGACGCUGUCCACGUAUCAGACGAUACUUUACCGUCGGUUAUCAAAGUGCAAUGUGCGAAGAAAGACGUGGUGAAGACAUCUAGUGAAGGUACUUCAAGGACUGAUGGGAAAUCGGAUGAAAGAAGAGAGCUAAAGGAUGACAAGGAUGUGAGCUCAACGAGCGACGUGUCUGUGCUCCUGAGGCAGUUGUGUGCGGCACAGUGUAAUAGCAAAUUCAGAAGCCCGAGGGAGCGAGCAUCAGGAUUCAAGAACGCCCAGCUACUUUGUGUCAACGGUGGCAGCCCACGGUCACCUUCGCUCGGCACACCUCAGCUGUUGCGGAUACUAGAAGAAACAAUCCAAAAGCAAGCUCCAAAGCCACAAUUCUCCACCAAAGCUCCAGUUAAAGACCUCGACCGCUACCGGCUCAGCUUCAGCCGGAGCAGCUCGGCCACGGACGCGCUAUUCCAAUACCGCACCAAGUUCGUGCAGCACAUGCUGUCCAGCCCCAUGUAUGCCAACAGCAGGGUCGGAAAGCCCUGGGAGAUGAUCGGCAAAAUAUCAGAACAGAUCAUAGAUGAAAUCCUGACGUCUUGUGCGAAAGAGAUGCAGUUAGAGGAUAUCAUUGGAGAACUAUACAAAAGUGAGACACAGUGAUUUUUAUGCACUUAUUAUAUUUUUUGAUGUUUGAAAUAAAUGUAUUUGGCUUUCGA